CAGUACCAAAAGGAAACCCAAAUCCGCCAUGGGAGAAAGCAUCGAACCAGCUUUCAUACAGGCUCUAGAGCACCGGCCAAACACCCAAGAAGACACUGCGCAACUACCUGAAACCAUACCCACCAUCGACCUCUCCUUGCUGAAUUCCCCUGCUGAACCUUUGAGACUCGAGGGUCUGGUGAAGGAGAUCGGCAGAGUCUGCAAGGAGUGGGGAUUCUUUCAGGUAGUCAACCAUGGAGUGCCCUCCGAGGUGCGGCAGAGGAUGGAGAAGGCGGCGAAAGAGUUCUACGACCAGCCAUUGGAGGAGAAGAUGAAGGUGAAGAGAGAUGCAGAGAACCCAAUGGGGUACCAUGAUAGUGAACAUACCAAGAAUGUUAGGGAUUGGAAGGAAGUGUUCGAUUUCUUCUCAAAGGAGCCAGCUGUUAUCCCGGCAUCUGAAAAUCCUGAUGAUCAAGAGCUCAGGACUGUUAGCAAUCGCUGGCCUCAGUACCCUCCUGAAUUCAGAGAGGUGUGCAAAGAGUACAGUGCAGAAGUUGAGAAAUUGGCAUACAAGGUGCUAGGGUUAGUGUCCUUGAGCUUAGGCUUGCCGGCUGAUCGGUUGAACGAAUACUUCAACCAUCAACUGAGCUUCACCAGGCUGAACCACUACCCUCCAUGCCCUGCCCCCGACCUUGCACUUGGCGUGGGCAGGCACAAAGAUGCAGGAGCCAUAACCGUCCUUGCUCAGGAUGAAGUUGGAGGGUUGGAAGUGAGCAGGAAAUCAGAUGGGAAAUGGUUCCCCAUAAAGCCAACUCCUGAUGCAUAUAUCAUCAACAUUGGCAAUUGUAUGCAGGUGUGGAGCAAUGAUGAGCUGUGGACCGCUGAGCACAGGGUGGUGGUGAACUCUGAGAAGGAGAGGUUUUCAAUGCCUUUCUUCUUCUUCCCUUCUCAUUAUGUGGGGAUUAAGCCACUGGAAGAGCUUGUGAACAACCACAACUGCCCCAACUAUAAGGAGUAUAACUGGGGGAAGUUCUUUGCUAGCAGAAACCGCAGUGAUUACAGCAAGCGACAAAUCGAAAACAUCCAAAUUGAUCAGUUCAAGCUAUCAAAUUGACCCUGUUGGUGUUCCUAGCUUCAAUUAUGAAUAAAUAGGAACUGAUGUUUUUACUAUUUUGACUUCUACCCUAUUGUUCUAGUGGUAGUAAAUAUCAUAAAACCUU